GUUUUAAUCAUCAAUAGUCAAAUUCAAUUUUCAAAUACAUUACUUAGCCUUACUUGAAAGGUUCUUAGCUUACACAACAUAGGAAUGCAAUGAGAUAAACCCAUAGCGCGACUAUUUCAUCCAAUCUAUACAUUCGUGCAGAAUACAACUUAUCGUUUACGCAUUAUUUCUAUUGGCUAGUAAACAAGUAUGCCGGGCUUUUUCAAAGCAGACAGCUUUUGCGCCCUUUCUUCGCUUUAUCCGGCUAUAUUCGCGUGUUUGUUCGCCGCCAAUAACUCAUUUGAAUGGAUUUUUUCAAAAUAAACAACAGAAAAGUACAAGUAAACUCAAUAAAAGUUUCGGUCUCCACGUUCAGUAUCGCCUUAAUUAAACAUUGCUUCAAAUGGCAAAAAACAGAAGUAUAGGAAGUGUUUCUAAGUUGAGUAGGCGAACACGUUAUUACUGCACCAUCACGACGAGCACAAAUACCCCUUAAUGCGCAGCUCGUUCGGACGAGUGAUGGAUGUUAUUCGUGAAUCUAGAUAUAUAUCGAAUAUCUACGCAUUGCUUACGUGGUUGAGUGCAACAAAUUCGAGCUAGUAUUCAUUGAAUGUCGGCACAAAGUGAUUAGUAAGGUGAAUGUGUAUGCAACGUACAGGUUGACUUAGGAGGGCCAUAGAACGAAGAUAUUUUCCUGACAGUAGCCGAACCUAAAUGACAGGUAGUUAAACGUCAAGCAGGUAGGCCCCUGUAAUCGCUCUUAACGCAGGCGCGUAACGUAAAUCAUCUUAGGCUGUUAUUCAAGAUUUAUAGGAAAUAUGAAGAAAUAGCCGACCAAAAAAAAGUUUUACCACUAUGGCUGAAGAUUCAUCACCCGAUGAGGAUUAUAUGAGUGACAAACUUCUGGUCCAAGCUGAACAAGUCGCUCGUGUCGGCCUGCCACUAAAGAAGACAGAGAAACAUGAAAUUGAGAUGGUCAAACGUAAAGCUGAAAGGGACGCAAUCGCUCGAACAAAAAAACGCCACAUCCUCGAAGAAGAGCAACGGAACACGGGUCUGAAGAAAUCCAUCAGUGCCAGUAAUAAAGGAUUUGCUCUCCUGGCGGCCAUGGGGUUCAAACCCGGUAUGACAUUGGGCAAAACUAAAGUGACCACUUCCGACAGCCCGACUGAUUCCGGGGUUUCCGAAACCAGCGCUAGUUCGACAGGUCCUCUAAUCGAGCCAUUGGCCCUAAUAUUAAAAAAGGAUGGCCGAGGUGGCCUUGGUUUAGCAGCUGACAAAGAAGAGAAAGCUAAAGAACGCCUGAAAGCUUAUGUAAAGAAAGGCACGGAAAAGACGAAUCCCCACAUUCUUAUGAAUGAUUUUCGUAAAAAAAAAUGCGACGACUUUAAACUAAAAGCCGUUCGAAAUGAUCUCGCCAGAAGUAGACGCGCCUGCAGACAAAUGGACCUUGAAAACGGGUUGAUGCAACCAGAAAAUAAGCUUUUUUGGCCACCGGUUGAGCCAGCGGAUGAUGAAAAUGCCUCUAGCAACGACGACAGGUGCGGCGAGAAUGACCUCCAUGAAGACGAAGUCAUUCUCCAUGAUUUAACCAAAUAUUUGCGAAUAAAAUAUUUCUAUUGUGUCUGGUGCGGAUGUCGCUAUCAGGACGGCGAGGAUUUGACUGACUGUCCGGGAGACAGCCGUGAAUUUCAUGAUGAUGGCUAAAACACUCGUUCUCUACCAUAUUUAUUUGUCUGAGCUUCGUGCAGAAUAUAACCGUUACAUAAAUAUAUAGAAGCGGUUCAGUCAAAAAAAGUAACCCAUUUUCCGUGACGUAGACAACGAACUUAGGAUACCCGGGGCUACGUCUGGGUCCCAUGUGUUCAGGAAUGUAAAAUACCGAAAUCAGAAAUAUGAUAUAGGCACUUAUAUAUGAUUUGAGAAACGUACCAGUAUAGUUACGAUUGACUGGUAUUCAGCAACACUAUUGG